GUUCUCGCGAGAUCCUAGUCAUCCCGCGGCUGGUCUGGGCGGCCGGAUCGGUAUAUAAAGGAGAGCGGAGGAGUCGGAGCUUCGGGCUCACUGCGGGACAUGGCGACCCCCGCCAACGCCAACCCCGUGCCUAAACUGUACAGAUCGGUGAUUGAGGAUGUGAUUAAUGAUGUGCGGGAGCUCUUUCUGGAUGAGGGAGUAGAUGAACAGGUUCUGAUGGAGCUCAAGACGCUCUGGGAGAAUAAGUUGAUGCAGUCAAAGGCAGUGGACGGGUUUCAUUCAGAAGAGCAACAGCUUCUACUGCAGUCUCAGCAGCAACAGCAGCAGCAGCAUCAUCAUCAACAGCAGCACCACCACCAUCAUGUCCAGCAUCACCAACAGCAUCAUCAGACCACGGCACACCAAACUCAAGCACAGCAAGUCCUUAUCCCCGCCACACACCAAGGCAUGAAGAGUCUACACGGGAGACCUACAUAUCUCUACAAACCUUCUCAACAGCAAGUUCUGAUUCCAAGCAACGAUUCCAAGCUGAUCCAGCACAUGACUUCCCAAGGAAUGAGUGCAGCAGCUACAGCGGCCACCCUGGCGCUACCUGCCGGCGUGACACCUGUUCAGCAGCUCAUCACCAAUUCUGGUCAGCUGCUACAAGUGGUGAGAGCAGCUAAUGGCGCACAGUAUAUUCUACAGCCCCAGCAGCCCAUGGUCCUACAGCAGCAAAUGAUCCCGCAGAUGCAGCCUGGAGGGGUACAAGCUCCAGUCAUACAGCAGGUCUUGGCACCCCUUCCAGGUGGCAUGCCUCAGCAGACGGGGGUCAUUAUCCAGCCACAGCAGAUUCUCUUCACCGGGAACAAGACCCAGGUCAUCCCAACCACUGUGUCGGCCCCGCAAGCCCCUAGCCAGGGGCAACUUUCUGUAGCCAAUGCCCAACAGCCCCAGCAAGGGCAACAGCAGGCUCCUCUCGUCCUGCAGGUGGAUGGGGCCGGGGACACCUCGUCGGAGGAGGAUGAAGACGAGGAUGAGGACUAUGAUGAUGAAGAGGAGGAGGAUAAGGAAAAGGAUGGAGAAGAUGGACAAGUGGAAGAGGAACCCCUGAACAGUGAAGAUGACGUCAGUGAUGAGGAGGGUCAGGAGCUGUUCGAUACAGAGAAUGUCGUUGUGUGCCAAUAUGACAAGAUCCACCGGAGUAAAAACAAGUGGAAGUUUCACCUCAAGGAUGGGAUUAUGAACCUGAACGGUCGUGAUUUUGUCUUCUCUAAAGCCAUUGGUGAUGCGGAGUGGUGAAAACCUCCCCCCCACCCCACAGCCAUCCCAAUGAAGUUUUUUUUUUGGAGUGGGGUGACGAGACUGAAAACUGGUUAAACUGAAACCAAUCCUGACAGCGUGGGAAACGCCCCUUUCCCUGGUACCAAUGACAAGAAACUGAAGUGGCAUGUCCUUGUGGGAUUGGUGGACGGGCUGCACUGCAGGAAGAGACUGUGCGGGAUCGCUGCCCACCACCCCCUACAUAUACAUUACAGUCCCCGCCCCUUCCUCGGUCUUCACAAUUAUGGCUCCUGAGCAUUUUCCGAGAAGUUUCUUUUACUGUUCUCUUUGCCUGAUCCUCUCUGUCCUGUAUAUUUUGACUGAUCCGAUCACAUGGUUUUUAUCUCCCACCCCUAACCCCGCCCCCAAAGACCUUUUAUAAGUGCUUUUAUUGGAAGUAUUCUUCUCUCCCCAGCCAGUCACUGGUGUCCCAAUGUAUUGUACAGGCCUCCCUCGUCUCCCAGCAGUUCACUUUUAUCCUUCCUGUCUCCCAAAGCUGAUAUGUUCUUCUCCAAGGUGUCCCAUCCUCUCCGGUCCUGACAUCUGUGUGUAGUUUCCAGGGUUGGCUGAUCUCUUUGCCUUCCAGUGGAUGUAGCAGUCCCCUGGGGAAGGUCAUCUGGGUUGCACUGUGAGGGAAGGGACUAGACUGCUGUGACUUCCUUCGGGAACCUUGCAUACCCAACCCCUCCCCCCCCACGGGCCAUUCCUGGUUAGCGGAAGUUGCAGCAGAGCUCGCCGAGCAGUGGUUGCCUUAUGCAGUGCUUUACUGCCCUGUACAUGACACAUCACCAGAGGGGGGGCUAGCGGAGAUGUAUGCGAGGGGGGGGGGGAACUAAAUUUUACUGCCUUGUGACUAGUGCCUAUGCUAAAGAGAUGGAGGCUACGGUUGACCAAAGCCCGGCUUUCAUAUCGCAUAUUAGAAGCGGAGCCCCAUUUUUGGCUGGUUGGGGGGGGGGGGAUUGUUGCGGUCUCAGAGCUGCCCCCUAAUGGCCAGUGCUCACCUUACCGUCUGGUUUUUAUAUGGACUUUCAGAACUUUAAGGCCGGGCAUGGCUCAUGGUUUAGGGGGGAGCGCUCGGCGCGUCAGGUUCCGCCUGCACAAGACGCCCUAAUCUUCCUGUUCUCACGUGGUUUUUGGAGGCCCUCUUCAAAUACAGAUCUUCUGCUUUCCAAAAAAAAAACGCAAUCGACAGGGAGCUGAGAAGACGCAGGUUAAGGUUUGUUAAAUGUGAAUUUCUUUGUACGUUGGCCCGCUCCUGUGUGACAUGGAGGUUCUUAGAUUGGAUUUUUAUAGGGGACUGACGGGAGGGGGGGAUUUUUUUUUUUUUUAAUUUACUAAUGUCAACUGCUGUUGUACAUACAGUUCUGUGGAAUUGGGGGGGCAAAGCUAUUUAUUAUCUCUGUAAAAUUCUGUACAAUGGCAGACGGAGGUUGCUUUUUUUUUUUUUUGUUGUCUCAUGUUUUUAAAUGCCACGCUUUAGACUCUGAUUAGACAACUUAUUUGAUCUUUUAUGUUUUAAUAUUUUACCUUUGCAAAAACCUUUAAUUAAAGUUAUUUUAAAAACGUG